AUGGCGUCCGGACAUGAAAUAUACGCGCUACGGGCUUGGAUGUACAAUCAUAAAGAUCCGGAGACUGGUGAAGUAACGAAAGAGUAUCGUGCUGGACUACGAGGAUUCUUACAACAGGCAACCAACCAACCAUUCGCAAGGGAACAUGGUAAAAUCUUUUGUCCCUGUAGAAAAUGCAAGAACGAGCCAUAUUUAGAAAUAGAUACUGUGAAGAGGCAUUUAUAUAAUAGAGAAUUUAGACCAAACUACUACAUAUGGUUUUUGCAUGGGGAAGGUGCAUCAAGUAGUAGUACGGGUCAGGGAUUUGAACUGCCAAAUUAUAAUGCGAGUGAUGGAUAUGAGCAAAAUAUGUUUGGAAAUAAUGCGGAGGAUGGGUAUGAGCAAAAUAUGUUUGGAAACAAUGCGGGGGAUGGGUAUGAGCAACAGGGAAAUAGGUAUCAUGAUAUGGUUACAGAUGCAUUGCAUGAAGCUGCUAUUCCUGAUAGUAGUAGGGAAGAACCUAACAUUGACGCACAACGAUUUUAUAAUAUGUUAGACGCUGCCAAUGAACCCAUCUACGAAGGAUGUAGAGAAGGGCUUUCUAGAUUAUCACUAGCAUCUAGGAUGAUGACCAUUAAAAGUGAUCAUAAUCUAAAUGAGAAGUGCAUGGAUUCGUGGGCUCAACUCAUUAAUGAGUAUUUACCAGAAGGUAAUUUUGCUGCGGAUAAUUUCUAUGAAAUUCAGAAGCUAGUUGCCGGUCUUGGUCUACCGUCUGAAAUGAUUGAUUUAUGCGUUGACAACUGCAUGAUUUACUGGAAAGAUGAUGAAAAACUGACGGAGUGUCGAUUUUGUCAAAAGCCAAGAUAUCAAGAAACCCAAGGAAGGAAUCCUGUGCCGUACAAACGUAUGUGGUACUUACCGAUCACAGAUAGAUUGAAGCGUUUAUACCACUCAGAAAGGACAGCCGCGUCGAUGAGAUGGCAUGCCCAACAUUCGGUGAAAGAUGGCGAGAUUACACAUCCCUCAGAUGCAAAGGCAUGGAAACGCUUUCAGACCGUAUAUUCCGACUUUGCGAGUGAGUUUAGAAACGUUUAUCUUGGCUUAUGCACGGAUGGAUUUAGUCCAUUUGGUAUGUCUGGAAGGCAAUACUCUUUAUGGCAUGUCAUCUUGACGCCAUACAAUCUCCCUCCGGAGAUGUGCAUGCAAAGAGAAUUUUUGUUCUUGAGUAUUCUAGUGCCUGGUCCAAAACAUCCAAAGCGAGCACUUGAUGUAUUUUUGCAACCUUUGAUCCAUGAGCUGAAGAUGUUGUGGCAUUAUAGCAUGCAGACAUGGGAUCACUCGCAGCAACAGAACUUUAAUAUGCGUGCAGUGCUUAUGUGGACCAUUAGUGACUUCCCCGCAUAUGGAAUGUUAUCGGGUUGGACCACACAUGGAAGAUUAUCAUGUCCAUAUUGUAUGGAUAGGACAGAUGCUUUUCAGCUGAAAAAUGGGAGGAAGUCAUGUUGGUUUGAUUGUCACCGUAGGUUUCUUCCGCCGCAACAUACAUAUCGUAAGAACAAGAAAUUGUUUAGGAAAAACAAGGUAGUGCAUGUUCCUCCCCCAGUAAUGCAAUCAGGAGCAUCUUUGUUAGAGCAGAUUGAUUAUUACGGUGCUAAGGAAACAUGUAAAGUUGGAGGAAAUUGGCACACUCCACCUAACAUGCCAGACGGGUAUACGGCAUCUCAUAAUUGGCAUAAGAAGAGCAUAUUUUGGGAACUUCCAUAUUGGAAGGAUCAUCUCUUAAGGCACAACCUUGAUGUGAUGCACAUAGAGAAGAAUGUUUUUGAGAAUAUCAUGAACACUCUUUUGGAUGUGAAGGGAAAGAGUAAAGAUAAUUUGAAAUCGAGGUUGGAUUUGCCAGAGUUAUGUGCAAGACCAGAGCUGCAUGUGACAAGAGAAGGAAAAUUACCAGUUCCAAAUUUUAGAUUGCCUGGGGUGGCGAAGCAAAAGUUGUUUGACUGGGUAAAUUCUGAUGUAAAGUUUCCAGAUGGAUAUGUGUCAAAAUUCUCAAGAUGCAUCGAGCAAGGAAAAAAAUUUUCUGGUAUGAAGAGUCACGACUGUCACGUUUUCAUGCAGCGGCUCCUACCGUUCGCAAUGACAGAGCUAUUAGCAAAACAUGUCCAUGAAGCAAUAGCCGGAGUUGGAGCAUUUUUUAGGGAUUUAUGCACUCGGACAUUGACUGAGGAUGGGAUCGAGUUGUUAGCCAAGAAUAUUCCGGUUUUGCUUUGCAAUCUGGAAAAAGUCUUCCCCCCAUCUUUUUUUGACGUAAUGGAACAUCUCAUGAUUCAUCUACCUUUUGAAGCAGCUCUUGGGGGCCCUGUGCAAUUUCGAUGGAUGUAUGUAUUUGAGAGAUUCAUGGGAUAUCUCAAAAAGUUUGCCAAAAAUCUGGCCAAAGUCGAGGGCUCGAUAGUUGCAGGAAGUUUGACGGUGGAAACUUCGCACUUUACAUCCUACUACUUUAGCCCAACCGUUAGAACGAAGAAGACCGCUCCUAGACGAUAUGACGACGGAGGAGUUGCGCCUUCAUAUCUUGUUACAGACGUUCCUGACAUAUUUUGUCAAAUUGGAAGACUUGCUGGCAAAGAAUUUGAAAGCAUAUUCAACUUACAAAUUCGAGAACACUAUCCUAAUUUAGAAGAAAAGGAUUAUGAGCAGUUGAACGAACGAGAUUAUCCUGGGUGGUUAGAAUACUAUGUGAAAAAUGGAUGUCAUGACAAACCAAUUCCGCGAUGGUUGUAUGAAUUUGUUGACAAACCGGUUUCUAAGAUCACUACUGCUCCAAUGUACUUCACUCGUGGAUACACUUUUCAUACGUACACACACGGUUCGAAGAGAUCAACCACAAAUUUUGGAAUCCAACUCCAAGGUGAAACUGACUUCUACGGUGUAUUGCAACAGAUCAUAGAAGUCACUUACCCGGGAACCAUCAACUUAAAAUGCGUAAAUUUAAGUGUGAUUGAUCAAGUGUGUUUUCUUUCAUAUCCAAGGAUUAGAGAAAGGCGUGAAAGGUGGUUAUCAGUGAUUAAAGUGAAUCCGCGAGGGCGUAUAAUCGUCGGAGAAAUUGCCGAUGUCGCUAUGCAAGCCGAAAGAGUUGCUGAAAUGUCCGUCCCAACCGAAUCGACUGAGAAUAUCGUACACAUCGAUCCAGAUAACCAAGAAGCAGAAGUCAUUGUUGAUGAUUCCACCGAAGGGUCUGUUUCAGAAGAAGACGAGUUUAAUGCUGAAACUGACGAAGAUGAAAUCACAAAUGAUGAGGCUGAAAAUAGAGACAAUGAAAAAUGUAUCUGA